CAAUCUCUACUACCAGUGGGAGUCCAUAUGCUAUGCAAUGCAGUGUAAGAAAAAGGGCGACAACUCUUGCACGGAUCAAUUAUUUCCCUUCGACGGAACACCUUGCGGUGAUAAAAAGUGGUGCCAGUCAGGGAAUUGUGUUUUGUCAACAGAUGCCCCAUCAUAUGACGAUGCAUGUCUGUUCGGAGACGACCCGAACGUAGAUUGUAAUCUACCUGACAGUUGUAAUGAAAGCAACAUGUAUAGCAGCAAAGUGCGAUGUUGCCAAACAUGUACAACAAAGUUAUCUUCGUCGUCAUCAUCAUCGACUUCAACAACAUCAGGUACAACAAGAACAGCCUCGACUACCAAGUCCUCAACUUUCUCAACAUCGACAUCAAGCUCAACGUUGUCUACAAGUUCUACAUUUUCCAUCACACAUUCUCCUACAUCCUCUCCCACUUCAAAAUCGACAAUUAUAUCGUCUUCUAGGUCUACUCCAAGCACAAUCUCUAAAACUUCGUCUACAACAUCGACUCCACCUGUUAAAUCAACGUCUACUUUAUCACCAUCAGUCUCCACGACACAGCCAACUUCAAUUUCAACAGAAAUAAUUUAAAAAUAUCAUCAGAUA